CACACACAAUGACACAAACACAAACACAUUCGCAUCGUGUUGAAGAUCCGUGGUAGACUCUUUCUCCCUUUCCCUUUUUCCCUUUCUCCUUCUCAACUCAACAACAACAACAACCCUUUUUCCCUUCAACAUUUUCCCUCACAACAACCACACGAAGAACCAGAAGAUGGUGGUGAAGAUGAUGAAGAAGUGGAGGCCAUGGCCUCCACUGGUAUCUCGAAAGUACGAGGUCAAGCUUCUUGUGAGGACCCUCCAAGGCUGCGAUCUGCUGCGGGAAGGUGCACGGGAAGGGAUGUUCGCCGUCGAGAUUCGCUGGAAGGGUCCUAAGCUUGCUCUCAGCUCCCUCCGCCGCAGCGCCGUCGCUAGAAACUUCACUAAGGAGGCUGCCGCUGGCUGCGACGGUGACAACAACAAUGAUGUCGUUUUGUGGGAUGAGGAGUUUCAGAGCUUCUGCACGCUUUCUGCUUACAAGGACAACAAUAAUGCCUUUCAUCCUUGGGAGAUCGCUUUCACUGUCUUCAAUGGGUUGAAUCAAAGGCCAAAAGUUCCUGUGAUUGGAACUGCUUCUUUGAAUCUAGCUGAGUUUGCAUCUGUGAUUGAUCAAAAGGAUUUUGACUUGAACAUUCCACUCACAAUCCCUGGAGGUUCUGCUGUUGAGCCUUCUCCUUCUCUCAGUAUAUCAAUUAGCUUAGUGGAGCUAAGAGCUGCUCAAGAGAGUUCAGAGCUAGUCCAAAAAUCAGUGGUGCCUGUUGCAUCACCCCUGGCCCAGACAGGAGAAACUAACUUGGCAGAAAAAGAUGAGGUUUCCACCAUCAAAGCUGGUCUCAGGAAAGUGAAGAUUUUGACUGAGUUUGUAUCAGCCAGGAAGGCCAGAAAAUCAAGCCGUGAGGAAGAGGGAAGUGAAGGCAAUUUGUCUGCCAGGAGUGAGGAUGGUGAGUACAAUUACCCCUUUGACUCUGACUCCCUUGAUGAUUUUGAGGAAGGGGAGUCAGAUGAGGUGAAGGAGGAUCCUAAUGUUAGGAAAUCAUUCAGUUAUGGGAAACUUGCCUAUGCGAACGCUGAGGGGUCAUUCUAUUCCAGCAUCAGGGUAAAGAGUGAUGAUGAUGUUGAUGAAGGCUGGGUUUACUACAGCAAUCACAUAUCAGACACUGGGAGCUUGCCGGUAGAGGAUUCAAGCUCAACUGUUUCCUCCUCCGAGCCUUAUUUAUCGCAAAGUUCGAAGCGCAGCAUAUUGCCUUGGAGGAAGAGGAAGUUGAGUUUCAGGUCUCCUAAAUCCAAGGGAGAGCCAUUGCUAAAGAAGGCCUAUGGAGAAGAAGGUGGUGAUGACAUUGAUUUUGAUCGUAGGCAGCUUAGCUCUGAUGAAUCCCUUUCACCUGGGAAAACUGAGGAUGAUUCAUGUGCAAAUCGAACAUCAAUAUCUGAAUUUGGGGAUGACAAUUUUGCAGUAGGGAGCUGGGAGCAGAAAGAAGUAAUGAGCCGUGAUGGCCACAUGAAACUUCAGGCCCAGGUUUUCUUUGCCUCAAUUGAUCAGCGCAGCGAACGCGCAGCCGGUGAGAGUGCAUGUACAGCUCUGGUUGCUGUAAUUGCUGAUUGGUUCCAAAACAACCAUGAUCUUAUGCCCAUAAAGUCCCAAUUUGAUAGUCUAAUUCGAGAAGGCUCAUUAGAAUGGAGGAACUUAUGUGAAAACCAGACAUACAUGGAGCGAUUCCCCGACAAGCAUUUUGAUCUCGAGACAGUCAUUCAAGCCAAAACACGCCCCCUUUCUGUGGUUCCUGGGAAGUCUUUCAUUGGUUUUUUUCAUCCAGAAGGAAUGGAUGAGGGUAGAUUUGAUUUCUUGCACGGGGCCAUGUCUUUUGAUAACAUUUGGGAUGAGAUUAGUCAUAAUGCUGGGCAUGAUUGCACCUACAAUGGUGAACCCCAGGUUUAUAUUAUUAGUUGGAAUGACCAUUUCUUCAUCCUUAAAGUUGAAGUUGAUGCUUACUACAUCAUUGACACUUUGGGGGAGAGGCUUUAUGAAGGAUGCAAUCAGGCAUACAUCUUGAAAUUUGACAGCAACACAUUGAUACACAAAAUGCCAGAAGUUGCACAAUCAUCAGAUGAGAAAACAAUUACUGACCAACAACAAACUGUUGCAGAUGUAUUAGAGAACAAUGACAAGCAGAUCCAGCAAGUUAAUGCCAAGGAGGCUGAUUCUGUUGCGGCGGAGACCAAAGAAGAACGGUUGAAAAGUGAGCAGGAAGAGGAGGUUGUGUGCAGAGGGAAGGACGCAUGCAAAGAGUAUAUCAAGAGUUUCUUGGCAGCAAUUCCCAUCAGAGAAUUGCAAGCAGAUGUCAAAAAAGGUCUAGUAUCAUCAACUCCACUUCAUCAUAGGCUACAAAUUGAGUUUCACUAUACUCAGUUGUUGCAGUCUUAUGAUAUAGUUCCAGUGGCUGAAGCAUCCAUGACUGUGCCAGAGACUCUAGCUCUUGCAGUAACUGAGGUUUUGACAUAAUUGUACUGCUAAUUAAAGAAAGUGCAGUUACUCUAACUAGUCUUACUUCGUAUUUUUGUAAGUGUGUUUUCUGAUUUUGAUGUGAAAUUAACGAAACUUAGAGGCUCAUUUGAGCUUUUGAUGAUGCUAAAUGAGUGAGUUGAGGUUGUGUCUUUUCGUAGUUGGGGGUUAUGUCUUGACAAAUCAAAUCUUGGGAAGUGUAUCGACCUGUGAAUGUGUGUGAAAUUUCCUUUUCAUCUGAGCUCAGACUUUUGGCACCUAACAUGUAGGCGUGUGAAUUGGCUUUAUAACUUUUUGCAGAUUGCUACGUUUAA